CGUGCUCCAUUUCCCAGUCGGACACGAAGGCGUUCUCUAAUUUCCCCUAGCAGCUGGCAUCUCUCGCUCAAGAAAACCCUACAAAAAUCCCUCUCACUCGCUCUCUUUGGUCUCGGAUUUGGAUUUCUAUUCAAUCAGGCUUUGAAAACAAUCUCCAUAUCUCAAGAUGUCGCGGAAGGGUUUGAUGGAGCAAGAUCUAAGUAAACUGGAUGUGACGACGUUGCAUCCGCUCUCUCCUGAAGUCAUUUCUCGCCAAGCGACUAUAAAUAUAGGAACAAUAGGGCAUGUCGCACACGGAAAGUCAACAGUCGUGAAGGCCAUUUCUGGUGUGCAGACUGUCCGUUUCAAGAAUGAAUUGGAGCGUAACAUUACCAUCAAGCUCGGAUAUGCCAACGCCAAGAUUUACAAAUGCGAGGAUGAGAAGUGCCCUAGACCCAUGUGCUACAAGGCUUAUGGAAGUGGAAAGGAAGACAAUCCUAUGUGUGAUGUCCCUGGUUUUGAGAACUGCAGGAUGAAACUGUUGAGGCACGUGUCCUUUGUGGAUUGCCCGGGACAUGAUAUUCUUAUGGCUAAAAAGCUUAAUGGAGCGGCCAUUAUGGAUGGUGCAUUACUUCUCAUAGCUGCCAAUGAGAGCUGUCCCCAACCUCAAACUUCUGAGCAUCUUGCUGCUGUUGAGAUUAUGCGCCUUCAGCACAUCAUAAUCCUUCAAAACAAGGUCGAUCUCAUUCAAGAAAAUGUCGCUGUUAAUCAGCACGAAGCAAUUCAGAAAUUCAUAAAGAACACAGUUGCUGAUGGUGCCCCUGUUGUUCCCAUCUCAGCGCAACUGAAAUACAACAUCGAUGUUGUGUGUGAGUAUAUCGUAAAGAAGAUCCCGAUACCGGAGCGGAAUUUUAUCUCACCACCAAACAUGAUAGUUAUUCGGUCAUUUGAUGUCAAUAAGCCCGGGUUCGUGGUUGAUGAGAUUAAAGGUGGUGUGGCUGGUGGAAGUAUCCUCCGAGGGGUUCUGAAAGUCAACCAAAACAUUGAAGUUCGACCUGGGAUUGUUGUCAAAGAUGAGAAGGGAGACAUAAAAUGCACACCCAUAUACUCUCGAAUAGUUUCACUUUAUGCAGAACAGAACGAACUUCAGUUUGCUGUGCCGGGAGGUCUGAUUGGAGUUGGGACUACCAUGGAUCCUACUCUAACACGUGCUGAUCGGUUGGUUGGUCAGGUUCUUGGCGAAGUCGGAUCUCUCCCUGAUGUUUUCGUUGAACUCGAGGUGAACUUCUUCCUGCUAAGGCGGCUGUUGGGGGUGAGGACAAAGGGAUCAGAGAAGCAAGGGAAAGUGUCGAAACUGGCAAAGGGAGAGAUCCUAAUGCUGAACAUAGGGUCGAUGUCUACGGGGGCAAGGGUCCUAGCCGUGAAGAACGACCUUGCCAAACUGCAGCUGACAUCCCCGGUCUGCACCAGCAAAGGAGAGAAGGUGGCUCUGAGCCGACGUGUGGAGAAGCACUGGCGUCUCAUUGGUUGGGGCCAGAUUCAGGCCGGAACCACCAUUGAUGUCCCUCCCUCUCCAUUUUGAUCUGAUACAUUUAAAAGAGCAAGAAAGAGAGGAAGAGGAGGAGAGAAUUAGGGUUUUCAAAUGUGGGAAGGUAGACAACUUCUAGGAACAAUUUUCUUGAGAUGGAUGAGAAAACGUUUGUGUCGUGAAGUUUUGUUUAGUGGAUGGAAGGCACUCUGUUGAUCCUCUUGUCAGCCAUUCACAAAAAUAUGAAAGACUGUUUUAUGUCUUUAGAUUUUGUUGUGAUAUUUGGGAUCGUUUUAUAUUUUUUUUUUUACAUUU